CGAGAAGGAAGAAUGGCAGACUUGAGCAAGCUGCCUUGGCUAGCUUCUGGUAGCAGCCGGACUGAUAUUGACGCCAUUUCUAGUACUACACUCCACUCUAUAUAUGGAUCACAGGUUUCACAGCUACCUUUAAGCAGUGAUGAUGAGGACUGGUAUUACAAGUCCACUAGUAACUCUUCAUUGCUCUGCAGACCAAAAUCAGCUCCUGCAAGCAAAUUAAAGAGAACUCAAAGAGUUUCUUCAGCUAGACCAAGGCCACCUACAGCAACUAGAAGAAUAUCAGUGAUAGGUUCAGUUGGAGCAGGAGAUGGUAAUCCAAUGCAAAGGAGAAUAGCGCGUCCGUCAACUGCAGCAGCUCAUUUUGCUAAUGUUAAUGGACCCAGCAAUAGAAGAAUAGCAAGACCCAGUACAGCACAACCAAUUAGAAGCCAGAGCAGACUGAGGCGGAUAAGCUCAGCACAAGGUGGUCAUCUGUUGCUAAAUAACACUUCAGAGUCUUCUCAUGGUCUGUCAGCAGAGGCCCCAGCUGCUCCACGAAUUAAAGAGAUAUCUACUCCAGUCUCUCUCUCGAGCGUCCCGCAAUACUUUAAUUUCUGGAAUGAGAAACCAAUACGUCCGAGAGAAUGGGACGUGACCAUGCACCAACGGAAGUCCAGACGUAGACCAAAGAGUGACUAUGGUAACAGGUUUUCUGGUUUAAACAGGAAGCGGCUAAGUGAACAUGAUAGACAUAAUAUGGCAGGUGGUGAAGGAUUGGGGACACUUUAUGAAGAUACUACCAACAAUAAUGAUGAUGAUGAUGAUAAUGAUAAUUUUGGUAAAGGUGAUAAAGGAGGAAGGAAAGGAAAAGGUAAUGGGCUUGAUGAUGAUGAUGAUAGUGAUGCUGGAGCAGGUGGAAUGACUAGUAAUGAAAAUGAAACUGGUGACAUCCUCAUUACUGAUAUUGAAGAUACUGAUAAUGAUAAAGAAAGGUUAGGAGGUGAUGACACAGGAUUGGGGAAUAAUUACUCUGGUGGUGAUUAUGAUGAUCCAAACAGGUUAAAGAAUUGGAAGACUGGAUAUCAAUCAGGAGAUGAAGAUGGAAGGGAUAAAUUCAGAACUCUUGAUACUCAAAAUGAUAAAGACAAUGAAGCUGAUGAAGAUGACUAUUUCUUAAAAAUGAAAGGUAAGAAGAAAGGUAAAUCAAAAUGGCUGAUUUGUGAUGGAUCUGCCGGAGGCCCUCCUUCAUCCUCAACAAGAUUUGAAUUACCAAUGGACCUGAAAAUACUAGAGAAGAUGACACCAUCAGAGUAUCUCUCUCGAUUUUGCAUCAUACAUCCAAGGCAUAAAGCUCAUUUCAUGAAAACCUUCAACAAACUCAAUCGUUUACCAGCUGGCAUCAAUAAAAAUAAAGAGACUCUUGUUGAUGGGAUAAUUGAUGUGCAUUUUAAUUUUAUUAACAGAGACCAAGUAGAGAAGAUUUUAGAAAUUGCAGAUAUUUCACAAGAACAACUAAUUGAUUUUCAAUUAUUUGGAGCUCUGUGCGUCUUAACUGAGCGAUAUUACAAAUCAAUCUUGACUUAUCAUUAUAAAGAAAUAAUAGAAAUAGUUGAUUUUGAAGCUCUGGAUUGGAGGCUGAGAGACUGUGCCAUUAGCAAAGAACUAAAUGAACUUUUUAAGCAAUUAUGAUUUUAAUAACUAUUAAUAAUCAUUAAUGGUUAAGUUAU